AUGAGUUAUUCUAUCAAAUUUAAGAGAUAUCCAACUGGAUUGUUAGACCUUUCUAAUGAAAUCCUUGAUUACUUAUAAAUCGAAUAACAUCUAUCAGACAGGGAUUUUUCAAGUCAUUUUCAUACUAUCUCAUUUUUAAAACAUUAUUUUGAUGAAGCAUGCUUGAUUUAUACAGUUGUUGAAAAAUACUUAGAAAGUCGAUCAAAAGAUAAUUAUAAAGAAGUAUUAUAUAAGGAUAGUAUAUAACUAAUUUAAUUAAGAUAAGAGAAAUUAUUUAUCAUUUAUGCAUUAUUACUAGUGUAAUUAUAAGAAUAUGUUGAUGAAGAAUCAUUUGAUAUAUUUCUAGAGGGACUAUAAAAAAAGUUAUAAUUAAAUGCCUAAAUUAAAUUUGCAUCCUUAAGAGUAAAAUCAAAAGAAAUACUAGAACAUACUCUAUUGUUGAUUGAUGAAUUGAGAGAAAAUAAAUUAACAUAAAAACAAAAACAUUCAAGUAGGCAAUCAAUAAUUAACAAAUCUAUGAUGACUGCACGAUAAUAAAAAGAAUCCUAGCAAUAAGCAUAUUUAAGUUUAUAGAGUUAAUGGAUGUUCACAGAGUUAUAAAACAAUUAAGUAUUUUGUAGAGAGUUAAUACCAAAUUUACGAUUUAUCAUUAAAAAUUAUGUUAAGUCGUUUUAAAAAAAUAAAGACGAUGGCCCUAAGAGAUAUAAUAAAAAUUCAUCAAUAUUUGACUUAAAAAAUAGGUUCAGUGUUGGAAGUUAAAGAGUAAGAAAUGGUCUGAUUGAUUUACCAAAUUUAGGACCAAUGGAAAUUUUAAUGAGCACAUAAAUAUUUCCUAAAUAAAAACUUAAUGAUUUUUUUGAUGACGAAUAAUUAAAGCACACUUAAAUUAUUACAUCUUAAAUUGAUGGUCUGCUGAACGAAGAACUACUAGUUAAUUUAACUGGAAUUGAGAUGAUAGAUAUGGAUUCUAAAAGUGAAUCUACCAUUUCAAGAGCUACAAUGUAACAAGUAUUCAAAUAUCAUUGA